CCCAUCUGCCCCAGAAUAUCCAUUCAGUUCCUUGGGCGCUCUGUGUGGGUCUGGCACCCCAGGCUACAGAUACAUUGCAUGGCAUCUCCUGGGACAUGCUGAAUGCUUAAGGUCCCUGCCUGAGGUGUCCCCAUAGCGAUGUGGUGGCGGCUCUGUGUGUGCAGCCUAGGGAUCCUCCUCCUGGCACCAUGUUCUCUCUCUGAGGAAUUCUCUCUGGAUGACUUUCCACACCCCGUGGUGGGGGUAAUCGGCCAGGAUGUGGUGUUACCCUGCCAGCUCACACCCCCGGCCAGGAUGCCCAGCAUGGAUGUGCAGUGGAGGAAAAUUGGACCAGGAUUUAUCCUGGUUCAUGAGUACAUGGAUAAGGGUACUCGGGACCUGUCAGGGGUGAAUUACCAGAACCGGACAGAGCUAUUCCUGCAGGAAUUCAGCAGCGGGAAUGUCUCCGUGAAGCUGAAACGGCUUCAAGUGAUGGAUGAUGGGAAAUACCGAUGCUUUGUGAGGAACCCACAGUGGAGCCUAGAAGCCACUACUGAACUACGAGUUGCAGCUGUGGCUCCAGUGUUGAUUGACGUGCUGGGCCCCCGGGGCCAGGGGAUCGGGCUGGCCUGUAGAUCCACAGGCUGGUUCCCCAAACCUGAACUCCAGUGGGUUGGAAAGAACUGGCAGAACCUGGCGAUGGAGAUUGUGACCGACGUGACUCAGGACAGGGAGAACCUGUAUAGUGUUGUGAGUCACGUCACUGUCACAGAAGGGGAAGACAAUGGAGACAUCAUCUGCAUAGUGCAGAAUGGCCUGCUGGAGACCGAGCGACAAUCGGCCAUUCACCUCUCAGGUGACAUCUUCCCCCGUGUUUCUCCCUGGCUGGCUGCAUUCUGGGUAUUGUUCACUCUGGUUCUCAUUGCUGCUGGAGCUUGUGCAUAUCGCGAAUACUCAGCAAAGCGAAGGGCCUCUCAGAAGAAACGAUCUGAAGAGGAGACUCUGUUAAAUAUGAAGAGUGACAAGGAGACCUUGGAAUCAGAAAGCCAGAUGCUGCGUGAGAGGCUUGACAGGGAGGUCGCAGAGCUAGAGUUCAGGAGGGCUCGGAGCUACAUGGUUCCUGUCACCCUGGAUCGGAAUUGCAAACAACCCAAACUCACCUUGUUCACAGAUGGCAGAACAGUCUGGCACAACCCGCCUUCCCAAGAGCCGGCUGCCCCAUCUGGCCCCCUGAUCGCCGUGGGGAUGGAGGGAUUUUUGGCCAGGAAGGAUCACGAUAAGGAGGCAGGGGCUUGCCGGGUGUACUGGGAGGUGGAGGUGGGAGACAGCCCAGACUGGGUGCUGGGGGUGCUGAGUAAGUCUGUGAGGGAGAAAGUGACACUUCAGAGGCUGGAGAGUUUUCCUGAGGGGGGGUGCUGGGUUCUAAGGAGAUCUGGGGGGCGGUAUCACCCCAGGGAGGCUGACACUGUGAUCCAGAGCUGGGGUCUGACACCGACAGUGGUUGGGGUGUAUCUGGAUCUAGAAGGGGGGAAUCUCUCGUUUUAUAGUGUCAGCACAAUGGCCCUUAUCCUGGAGAUUCCUGUUAAAGUUUCUGAGAAAUUGUUCCCGUUCCUCAGCCCUGGUCGCGCUGUGGGGAGGGACCAGGGGAAACGCCUCAGCAUCUGCCCCCCCAGUGACUGGGAUUUCCCCCAGAAAUUAGGAGCUAGUGGGUCUGUUAUUCAGGGAGAUCCCACAGCCCCUGCACAGCCCCCUGCCCCCAAGAACGGGGAAGGGGUAGAAAAUGACACAGGGCCAUCCGCAACUGCAGAAACAGCCCCAGCCCCUGCACAUUGCCCUGCCCCUGGAGACAAGCAAGUGAAAGAAAACAGCACUGGGGCAUCAGUGAGAGAAAAUUUGUGAAAGCUCCUGCCCACCAAGCUGCUCCUGAAGCGGAAGCAGGGGGAUAAACCAGAGCAGGAGCAUCCACAGCUGGAAGCAUCCCCCAAAGAGAAGGGGGAAAAGAAACACCAAAAACCCCAGGUCUGAAAUCCACCCCCCCCCCACACACACACACACCAAACCCUCCUGUGGGGCAAGGCCUAGGGAAUCAUGCAAAGAAAAACACUCAGAAUUUGACUUCAGAGGGGAUCUCUGGACCUGACUCUUCUUCCAGGGAUACCAGGGCCAGGAAAUACACCAGGGGAAUCAGACCCAAACGCCGACACCUGAGAAAGAAUCUCGCCCCACAGGGAAAAUGGGGAAAUGGCGACAUGUCAGAAAUUUCCUCUCUCCCUGAACUUCAAAGAGAACCACAGCAAUUCACAAUAAUGCUUUAAACCAACCGCUUGUGAAAUUGGAAUGGGCUAACUGGAGAGAACUAUGUUAACGUGACUGUUAAAUGUAGGAAAUUCAAUACACACCAGUCGGGGGAUGCAGAGGGGAAGGGUCUCACAGUGGCACUGACUCACUCCCAUUGCAGACACACACAUGCUGCUCCUGCCAGCCUCAGACCAUGCGAGUGGGUGACAGGAUCAGGCCCUCUGUGUAUCAGAUUGGGUUGUGAUAGCCUCACACUGAGCAGCCCUGUUAGCAUAUAAGUGUGCCUGUUAGCCUGAGAUAGAAUUUUGGGUUUGACUUUUAAUACUUUUAGAUCCUUACUAAUAUGUGUGAAGAAGAAAGGACAAAGAUGCUCUGUGUUGCAUUUCCCACAACCAGCUGGGCUUUUAGUACAAUGGGACAGAUAAGGGAUAGGGCUAAAAGCAUUACAGGGUAUGGUGGGAGUGUAAUAUAUGAGCGCAGACUUGACUGCCUCAACUCCUUAUCUCGAAGCAAGGUCAGGUAACCAGUCGGGAGGGGCAACUGGGGGUUGGGGGGGGCGGUAAAACACUAGAAGACCAGAGAAAUGCCUGCUCCUGACCAGAGCACAACCUCACUCCUUACCCCUCCCAAGGGGUACAAAAAGGGUGGGAUGAAGACCCCGACGCACAACCCUCCAGAACAGAAUAUGACCAUAAGUUUUAAGGGGUGUGACUUGGGGUGUGCAUUGCAGGUAUAUUUGGACCUGCUAAAAAGAAGGAGGGGGAGCGGUAAUGAUAAUGGUCAUGGGGGAAUGGGGGACUGGGAACAGGGGAAUGAGGAACAAGGACACAGGCAAGGCUCUGCAGCGUCAGAGCUGGGAAGGGGGGCACGGGGUAAAUUCUCUGCGGCAUCAGAGCUGGAAACAGAACACUGGGAAGAGGGAGCUCCGUUGGUGUGUGGAGCUAGAUGUUAGACGA